UGCAGAGCAUUUGAUGCGCCUUCGGCAAAUGCAUUUUUUGCAAUCGGAUACGACCAAUCAGAUUUGGCGGGCCCAACCGAUGAAGACAGUUGUCGUAUUGAAUGUGAGGAUUCUGCCACCUGCACCAGUUUUGCCUUUCGAGUUGAUGAAAACGAGUGCAGAUUUUGGAAUCUCUCACCUGAUUUACCAAGCAGGGAAAACCCGAUCUGCAUCAUAGAAUCACCAAAUAGAGUUCCAUAUGCAAAAAAUUUUGAUCGCUUCCCCGACGGAACAAUAAUUGAUUCAGACGCGGCUUUCGAAUUUAGCAGCCAAGACGGUUGUUGGCAGGCGUGUGCCAGCAAUCCACGGUGUAAAGCAAUGUCCAUCCAAUUUUCCUUUUGCUUAUUGCUUCCUUUUGAUGGAGACGAGGUGACAACAACAAUUCCCAUGUCCGUUCCUGGCCAUUUUAUUACUAUUGGAAAGAUAUAUGGUGACGAAACCGCUUGCGACUACGGAAAAGCAACAAAAGGCAGUAUGGAACUGGUCAGUAGACCAGACGAAUGCAUCGCUUAUGGUUUGUGUCAUCAAGACUUUGGAACUCCGGAUUUCCCUGCCCCGCAAUGUUAUCUGGCUAGUGAAAUGCCGCCGGAACCCAUUGAUAUUGGUGACGGGCAAUCCAUUACCGUGGACUUGGAUUGGCCAAAUGCGUUGGUAAAUCGGGGAGCUCUCCAACCACUCUUCCCGGUUGAGAUAGAAUCGGCCACAACGUAUGCCUCGUGCCUCAAAGCUUGUGUCGAGCAAUCAUGCUUUGCUCUAUUGUUUGAUGUGGGCACGAGCGGGUUUGGUUGCCGUCUGGCCAUAGACCCUUUCACCUUUGAAGCAUUCGGUUCAUACGAAAUGCACAUAUCGUUCUUCAGACAAAAAGGCUUUGAGCCGCUCCCUGUGGAAGAAUUAUGCCAGGACCAAAGCAAACUCCCACUCAAUUUGGAAUAUGGCAGUGCUUAUUACGACGAGUACCGGGAGUUAACAACCAGCAGCUAUUUAGAGUGCCUGGGAAGAUGUUCUGUAGGUAGAUGUCCCCGCCGGAUCAUUUAUCACCCACAAGAUCAAGCGUGUUGGAUUUUUGAUGCCUCUGAGGUCUUUGUCCAAGAUUCGGGGGCGGACCCUUCGACACCCCCUGACAAACAUUCCGGGCAGCAAUGCGUUGUCAGACCUGCACUCCAGGGACGGAUCCGUCCCAAAUACUCCUUUUUGCAAGAGGAGCCAACCGACUCCUACGCGGUAUACGCGGAACCUCGUGAACGACAUUACGUCCCAGACGUCUCAGACGGUGACAGUUCAAGCCCUGGACGCAACCAAUGUUGGGAAUACUGCAGCCAAACUCCGUGGUGUCAAGCGGUUCUCAUACCUUCAGAAGAGCGUACUACAUGCUAUGUUUAUGACCGGGAGGAAAAUCUAACAACGAUUGCAAAUGAUCGCCCAAGAAACUCGUUAAUAUACUACGCCAUGAUUGGAAAAAGAUUCACCGACGAGAACUUCUGUGACAAUGGUGGAAUAUUUCGUAGAGAAUCCCUCGAUUUUUUUCCAUAUGCUUAUCAGGAGAUUUGCAAUUAUAUGGAACUAUGUUCCAGAACUUCAGCACUUGGACCAACCUUCUGUCAUGUAGGUCGAGAGACCAAACCACCACCAUUGAUUGUGAAAGGCUGCGAUAUGCAGCCUUUUAUUGCCCCUCUAAAUACUGUUGAUUUCCCCAAAUCUGCAUUGGACCAAUCUUUUUCAUCAAAGUUGCCCAAUACUCCCUCUUACGAGGCUUGCGUUCAAAAAUGCAGUUGGAAACAAUUGUGCCUUGGAAUGGCGUUCGUUCCUUCUACACAAGAAUGUUACUUGUUUGACUAUGUUCCCACCACAACAGCCACACGGGCCAAUUUCUCAGAGGCCUUGACACGUAAUGGUAACAGUGAUGACGAGUUGGUGGAGGCUUUGAUGGCUUUUGAUAUUCCGGAUUGCCCACCUUGUGUUCAACGAGUCCUGAUGCAAGAGCAAAUCUCCUUCAAAGAUGAGAUUCAAUGCACUCUCACCUCCCAAGAGUCAUGCUCAGAGGUGUACAAGACCGUAUUCAAGACCCAAGAGGUCGAGGAGUGUAAAGAGAGCUUUGUGAAAAACUGUCACAUAGAAUAUGAGAUGGUGCCCAGGACGGAGAAGGUCGAGAUUUGCCAUUCGCCUUUGACCCGAGAUUGCAAUGAAGAGGGCCCCGAGACUUGCACCACCGAAUUCGAGACCGUGUGUGACACCACCUAUCAUGAGAACGAAGUCACCGAUGACGUGGCCAACUGCAACACCGUCAAGGAAGAUGUGUGCGACUCCGAUGGAGAAAACUGUCGAAUGGUGCCGCGACAAGUGUGCCAAGUGGACACUGUAUCCAGUAAGAAGCUCACCCCGGAAAUGAAUUGCCGUCAAGAGGCUCGAGAGGUGUGUGGACCCGAGAUCUGUCCCAUUGUCCAAGGAGAGCGCAUUUGCGUCGAUGAGCUCAAGACUUUUGUGCAGGAGGUGCCGCAAGAGAAAUGCCAGAUCUCACCCAAGACGGUUUGCGACAAAGUCCACAAGAUCGUUCCGAAAUUGGAGAUGAACCAAGAGUGCAUUGAUGUGCCCCAAGAGAUCUGCCAGACUGUGCAGGUUGAGGCCAAUAAAGAAAAGAUCCCCAUUGUGAAAGAGUGGUGUCCUCCCGCUGAAGGAGACUCUGCUGAAGGAGACUCAGCUGAAGAGGAUAUGUCCGGGGAGGUAAACUCAUCAGCAUCAUCAUCCGAAGAAAGUUCAUCGAUCGAAGACGAUGGCUCAGCAAGGCUUCUCCGUACUCCCCCUCUUUUGGAAGAACUAGCCAUCACAAAGCGCGGAUCAAGAAGAACAAGGGCACAUGGACCAAGUGACAUUGGCCAGUAGUAGCUUCUAGAAAUCGCUGAGGAAUAGUAGUCAUGAUUUAAGGACGCCUUGGAUGGCUAUUGCCGUCGGGGAUGUUAUCAUGUUCGACAGUGGGAUUUCAAAGUUAUCUUUAUUCCAUAAAUCUUUGGAAAUUGUUAUUACUUGUAAAUCUAGAUAUCAUAACUUUAAAGCAUCUAAAUUCCCGAGAAAAAAAAGCCCUGAAUCGGACUUAUAAUGUUAAAACUCAUGCAGCAAUGGACAAACAAUAAAUUCUGACAACGAAGUGCCGGAAUAAAAUCUGUAUCACACCAA